AUGUCCGACCGCGACCCAAUCGCGGCCGUCUCCCUCGUUUCUCUCUCCAGGUCAGGAUCUCGUCCCUCUCUGCCCUCUUCCUCCAGGCGUACCGGCAAAGAACAACGAGAGGAAUAUUGUCGUUCCAGACCUGAUCUCUUUCUCUUAUUACCCCUCGAGCUAUCCUGUCGAGCAUGUAUCACAUCUCGUUAUCAAUGUUACGUCGACAUACCUCCUCCUCAAACUGGCGACUCUCCCCUGCCUCCUCCCCAAACGUCCGACUCUCUCGACCCACCACCAGCCAAGAAAUGUUCCAAAGCCCGAACCGGAAUAGGCACAGUCAAGAGGGGAAGACCUUACGGUACCACAGCGUGUAAGCUAUGCGGUGGAAUGCCUUGUUCUAUAUCCAAGGAAUAUAAGGAUUCACCUCAGGUUUGGUGGGGUAUCGUCAGGAUGUUGGUGCAACGGAGAUCGGGCGGGCAACAAGAUGCGGCUGGUGGUGGUGGCGGUGGUGGUGGCGGUGGUGGUGAGGGAAUCGGACAACGUCAUGGAGAACGAGAAGGAGAACAGUCAGGGGUGAUAGAGGUUGGAGGUAAAAGGAAGAGACCGUCAUCAUCAUCAUCAUCAUCACCACCGACAUGUCCACCAUCUCCACCUGAACCAUCCGCCCCGGCCACCGCUCCACCUCUUCCACACCCCUCGCCCUCGCCCUCUCACGUCGACCUCUUCCAACCCCGCUCACCCUCACCCUCACCCACUGCUUCCCUCGAUCUCUGCCAAACACCCGACCCGACGUCCACCUCGUCCCCACACGAACCAACGAAAUGGACAUACUCGUUCCCUUCACACACCACCGACCAAUAUACCGUCUCCGUCUCCCCCUCCCCCUCACCCCAUCCCGGCAACAUCCUCACCCUCCAAUUCCUCUCGCUAAACAUAAGACGAGUCCCUUUUUUCAUUCGAAGAGUCAGUGUGAUUGACCCUAAAAUUAUCGCUUCCCUCGGUCUGGCCCAGUACCCUAGCGAUGAAAUGUCUAAAGGUAGACAUAAGAAGAAGAAACGUCCGGUGGUUUCCAUUCCUGAAUUCAUCUUUGAAGCACGAAUCCCGUGCAAGUCAUGUGCUCGACAAUCAAAACGAUGCAUCUAUACAGAUAUCGACUGGGAGAUUCAUCAUGAUACCGAUAACGAGGAACAUGAUGAUAAAGAUACCGAGGAACGACAUGCAUCUGGAGGAGAGUUGAAAGAUUUCAAAUGUCGUCAUUGUUCUUUCAAAGGUUUGGAAUAUCAUCCUUUUCGUCCUAGGAUGAGUGGGACACUCGUAUCCGUUGAGCCGGUGUUGGAUCGUGCUCCUACCCCUUUGAGUGUCAGUGGUCGGACGAGGGAGCUAGGUCAAGAAAGGACAAGGGGAAGGAUGGAGGAGGUAGGAAAAGGAAAAGGAAGGAUUGCUUUAGGCAAAGUGAGGGAGAUGGAGGGUCAUGGAACGUGUGGUGGUGACCUGGGAGAGGUGAGGAGGGGUUCAGGGAUCGUUCCAGUGUCAAUGGCAAGUCCACAUCCCAACCAUUUUCUACACUCACCUCAAUAUACCCCGUCCACACCAUCCUCGUUUCCAAAGGAGUAG